AUGUGGUAUCAGUUCGUACGUGACUCAUUUUUCGGCCGUUCGGUGUACCAUCUCUCUCAGCAUAAAUACUUUUCUUACAAAGAAGAGCAAUCGGAAUACGAAGUCGAACGCAAGUACCUCACCCAUGAGUACGCUCCUUCCAAAGCAUCGGUGUCCAACGAGGCCACCAACAUCGUCGACGACCUGCUGGAUCUGCUGGGGUCCGGGGAGAAGACGCUCACAACCCAAUCGUCGGUGAUCAUGGUCACUUGGGACGGCGACGACGACCCUGAAAACCCUCGCAACUGGCUGGUGUUGCAAAAGGCAUUCUUUGUCAUUCAAAUUGCCAUCCUCACUAUGUCGGUGUACAUGGCCCUGGCGAUUUACACCCCUGGUUACGAUCAAAUCAUGGCCCAAUUUAACGUCGGGUCAGUGGUGGCGACAUUACCCCUUACCCUUUUCGUCAUCGGCUACGGUGUCGGUCCGAUGUGGUUUCUGCCAAUGCUGGAAAACUCGCGUUUCGGCCGUACCCUGAUCUAUAUUGUCACGUUGUUCAUUUUCUUUAUUUUGCAAAUCCCCACCGCCCUCGUCAACAACAUCGCUGGGUUAUGUAUUUUGCGGUUCAUCGCGGGGAUCUUCGCCCUGCCAGCGCUUGCCACCGGUGGUGCCUCGGUUUCCGACGUUUUGCAAUUGCCCUGGAUGCCCGUGGGGCUUGCCACCUGGGCCAUGGGUGCGGUGGCCGGUCCUUCGUUGGGUGCGCUCAUUGGCUCGGCCCUCAUCGUUGCUGGCGGCUGGAGAUGGACUUUCUGGUUCAUGGCGAUUCUCCUGGGGGCGGCGUUCGUCUUGUUGACGUUCACUUUGCCUGAGCUGUACGAGAAGACUUUGCUUGCCCGGAAGGCGAAGCGGUUGAGAGCGGUGACGCAAAACCCCAACAUCAAGCUGGCCGGCGAAAUCGAAAACGAGGAACUCACCACUCACCAGCUCCUCGUGGACACGUUGUGGCGCCCCAUUGAGAUCACGGUGUUGGAGCCGGUGGUGUUGGCUGUAAAUUUAUACAUUUCCCUUGUCUAUGCCAUCAUGUACUUGUGGUUUGAAGCCUUCCCCAUGGUGUUCAUCGAAGUGUUCCACUUCAAGCUUGUGCCCAUGGGCACGACUUUUGUUGCCAUCAUCACCGGGAUCAUUUUGGCGGCGAUUGUGUACGUGUUCAUCAUCUACCAUCAGUUCACUAAAAAGAUGUUGGCAGGGGGUAUGGUCAAGCCGGAAGUAUUCAUGCCUUUGGCUAUUGCUGGGUCGGUGUUGAUGCCGAUCGGGGUGUUCAUCUUCGGCUGGACGGCGGCUCCUGAUCUCCACUGGAUGGGCCCCAUCGUUGGUGCGGCCACUUUUGCUAGUGGGGCAUUCAUGAUUUUUCAAACGUUGUUCAACUUUUUGGGUGCCUCGUUUGCUCCCGAAUACCUUGCCCUGGUGUUUGCCUCGAACGAUUUCGCUCGUUCGACGAUUGCCGGGGUGUUCCCAUUGUUUGCCAGACCUUUGUUUGUCAACUUGAAAACUCAACGUUUCCUUGUUGGCUGGGGUCUGUCAAUCCUCGGUUUCAUUUGUGUGGCGAUGAUCGCCAUCCCCGUUACCUUUUUGCUCAUCGGCCCCAAGUUGAGAGCUCGCUCCAAAUACGCCGCGUCCUGGUAA